AUGCCAAAACCACCUUUGAUUAGCGAAACCUAUCCAAGCAAUCUGAAGGCUCGGCUUGUCUUGUUUGACACAACUAUUCCUUUCCCUACGUCUACGAUCCCGCCGAGCGUGACGGCCAGGACCCUCCACUCGACGUCGAUCGUCAUUGUCCGACGCUUCGACUGCGGUGCUAGAGCCGCCACUGUGCCCCUUGCUCGCCACCGUCUUGAUCUUGAUUUCAACGGGAGUCUUCUGCCUUCGUUCUAUUUCUUGCAUGGAAUCUUACUACAACAUCGUUUUGAUAUCGAGUCUACUCAAAAGAAAGCCACUGCCAUCACCACCAUGAAUGCCACGGCGCGGGUCUCGGGUGCGGACUGGGGAUGCUUUUCGUGGGAGCUCGGAUUGUGCACCUUUUCCUUAUCUGACGACGACUCCGCCACGAAGAAAGGGCCAAAGGACCUUGUUGUUGAGGCGCUAUAUGGAGCCCCUAACUUCUUGGAUUAUCUGUCAUGGGCCUAUGCCAGCCUGUCAUAUUGCAAACAUGAACGGCACCGCUCUCGCCGCAGCGUCAACGAAGCCAACUGGCAUCCCACGUCGCGCGUCGUGGCGGUAGGGGCUGGGUGCGGCAUCUCCAGCGCCCUCAUCGGAGGGCUAUUCAUGCAUCUGUUCCAUUGGUUCCGGUCUCGGACCGAUCGAAACCCACCACGCACUACCACCCUCACCACUAUUAGCAGCAACAACAGCAACAGCAACAGCACCAACACCAAGAUGAACGGCACGGGAGCCGGCGUCCUCACGUGUGUUAACGACAAAAACCUCCACUCCACGGAGGUGGUUUUGGGUGCAGGGCUAGGGUGUGGCGUGGGGAUGCUCUUAUUAGGAGCCUUCUUGGCGCACGUCUUCUGGCUGUGGCGGUCCAGCCACGAAAGAAAAAACUCUAUUCCAACCAUGGAAUUAAAGAACCUGGAUGUUGAGGAUUUGAAUAGGGCACGCAAGAUGCUCAACCUGCCGGUCGAAGCUUUAGACCCAUUAGAUGAGGCAGCAAAUAAACGACUCGAUAAGAAGGCCGAGAAGGAGAAAGAAUAUCUGGAGGCUUUAGAAAAUCGCAAUAAAAUGCAGGGAGAAUUGAUUAAGGAGCAGGUCGAUUAUAUCAAGCUCCUGAAAGACGAAAUUGAGCAUUACAAAAAUGCUUAA